AUACGGUCUCCCAAUCCCAAAACCCUAACCCCUCGCCUUCCCUCUCUUUCCUGCAAAACCUCUUUCGCGCCUCAUUCUCAGCAGCUGGGAAGCUGCAAAAAUCAAUGGCGAAGAAGCGAAAGCAGAGCGAAGCAGAGACUCCUGGAGCUGCUGAUGCUGCGAAGGAGAAGAGAAACGAAAUCGCUCCGCCGCGUCCGAAACGGACGCUCUUGGGUUGGAAAGAGAAGACCGAAGAGAAAGGAGGCGAUUCUCCCUUUUUUAGGAAUAGAGAGAAGGUCUUGGUCACGUGCUCUCGGCGCAUCAUUUAUAGAUAUCGGCAUUUGAUGUUGAAUGUGGUGUCAAUGUUGCCGCACUGCAAGAAAGAUAACAAGGUCGAGUCGAAAGAAAGCAAAGGUGCUACACUGAAUGAGCUCGUCGAGCUUAGGAACUGCUCCUCCUGUUUGUUUUUCGAGUGCAGGAAACAGAAAGAUCUAUACCUCUGGAUGGCCAAGAGCCCUAAUGGACCAUCUGUCAAAUUCUUAGUUAAUGCCGUACACACAAUGGAAGAGUUGAAGCUCACUGGCAAUCAUUUGAAAGGUUCACGGCCUAUUUUGACUUUCUCUUCGAAUUUUGAUAAAAGUCCUCAUUGGAAGCUCUUGAAAGAGUUAAUCACGCAGAUAUUUGGAACGCCGAAGGAUCACAGAAAAGCCAAACCUUACCAUGAUCAUGUUUUUGUCUUCUCAAUUGUUGAUGACCACAUAUGGUUUCGGAAUUAUCAGGUGACCGCUCCUCACAAGGAAACAGAUAAAGUAGACCGUGGUGGUUUAGACAACAUGACCCUCAUAGAGGUUGGUCCCAGAUUUUGCUUAAAUCCAAUCAAAAUAUUUGGCGGCAGUUUUGGUGGCCCAACAUUGUAUGAGAACCCAUUUUACAUAUCCCCAAAUCAGAUCCGGGCACUAGAGAAAAAGAAAAAGGCUGGGAAAUAUGCAAAGAAGAUCAAAGCCAAAAAGAGGAGGAAGGAGCACGAAGAGUUGAAUCAGUUGGAACCUAAUGAGUUCGCAGAUAUGUGGAAGUAAAUGAUUCCCAUAAAAGCUAUUUAUUUUGAUCAAAACUCUCGAUGUCCCCGUAAACCUCUUUUAUCCAAAUGAGCUGAUGUUUUGUUGUAAAUCAGCCUUCUUUCCUACCAUUUUUUUCUUUUACCGUCUCUAUUUGGUCCUGUAGAGAACAGAUACAUAAGUUUUAUAUCUUUUAUUGAUAGGAAAACUAUUUCUUUUUC